ACAGUUCUUUUUUGAGCCAUCCUUAUUCUCAUCAUCAUCAUCAUCAUCAUCAUCAAACAAAAACAUGGGCAACGCAGAGAGCGUGGACGCGCAGCUCACAGACUUCAGGGCGAGAAACAAGCCGCCCAAACUGCCCAUGCCUGACCCCGCCGAGCUCGAGGAGAGGUUCUCCAUCGCGUUGAACUCCAUGAACCUUCCGCCAGACAAGGUGAGGCUUCUGCGGCAGUACGAUAACGAGAAGAAGUGGGAACUCAUCUGCGAUCAGGAACGAUUCCAGGUGAAGAAUCCUCCGCACACUUAUAUCCAGAAGCUAAGAGGAUUUCUGGACCCUGCUGUCACAAGAAAGAAAUUCAGGAGGAGAGUUCAGGAAUCCACCCAGGUGCUCCGUGAGCUGGAAAUUUCACUCCGAACCAAUCAUAUCGGGUGGGUGAGAGAGUUUCUGAAUGAAGAGAACCAAGGCUUGGAUGUGCUGGUGGAAUACCUAUCCUUCGCACAAUAUGCCGUUACCUUUGAUGGUGAUGCAGCAGAGAGCGCUAGUGGAGAGGCAUCUGUGGAGACUCCAUGGAGCAGAUCUAUAGAAGAUCUACAUGGCGACACCAAUCUGCCCUCACCAGUCAGCAGCAGCAGUAUUCAACGCUCCACGCGGCACUCCUUAAGGUCCAACACUCUUCCCAGCCGUAGGACUCUCAAAAAUUCACGUUUGGUUUGUAAGAAGGAUGACGUGCACGUCUGUGUCAUGUGUCUCAGAGCCAUUAUGAACUACCAGUACGGCUUCAACAUGGUUAUGUCACAUCCGCAUGCAGUAAACGAAAUUGCUCUGAGCCUCAACAACAAAAAUCCCAGGACCAAAGCUUUGGUUCUGGAGCUGCUGGCUGCUGUGUGUCUCGUGAGAGGAGGGCAUGAGAUCAUCCUGGCUGCCUUCGACCAUUUCAAAGAGGUCUGUUCAGAGUCCCAGCGGUUUGAGAAGCUAAUGGAGGAUUUUAAAAACGAAGACAACAAUAUUGAUUUCAUGGUGGCGUGCAUGCAGUUCAUCAACAUCGUGGUGCACUCGGUAGAAGACAUGAAUUUCCGAGUGCACCUUCAGUACGACUUCACCAAGCUUGCGCUGGAUGAUUAUCUUGAAAGACUGAAGCACACAGAGAGUGAUAAGCUGCAGGUGCAGAUCCAGGCGUACCUGGAUAACCUGUUCGAUGUGGGCACGCUCUUGGAGGAUGCCGAGACCAAAAACGCAGCACUGGAACGCGUGGAGGAGCUGGAGGAGAGUCUGUCACACAUGACGGACAAGCUGCUGGACACGGAGAAUGAGGCCAUGUCUAAGAUCGUGGAGCUGGAAAAGCAGCUGAUGCAGAAGAACAAGGAGCUGGACUCCCUACGGGCUGUGUACAGGGACGCCAGCUCGCAGGUACACUCACUCCGGCGUAUGGUGCGCGAGAAGGACGAAGCCAUCCAGAAGCAGUCCAGGCUGGAGAAGAAGAUUCAUGAGCUUGAGCGGCGUGGUAGUCUGCAGAUCCAGGUGAGAGGAGAGGGAGAUGGUGAGGGAGAAACGUCCCCUCUGCCCUCUCCUCCUCAGCCCAUGCCUCUCUCACCAUGCCCUGAUGCCAUGGUCCAGGCUGGCGCAGGUGCCGGCAGCUCAUAUGCUUCUACUUCACAAACUGGAACCCUGAGGAAGAUUGCCACUCCUCCUCCACCCCCACCACCGCCUCCUCCACCACCACCCAUGCCUGACUCCUCCUUGCCAAACGGACCAUCAGCUGCUACUGCCCCUCCUCCUCCUCCACCACCACCGCCCCCUCCUCCACCCCCUCCCCUUGGGCGAGCCAUGGAGAUGUCCACCCAACUACCCCCGCCUCCUCCCCCCGUAGCCCCUCCCCUCCCUGGCUGUGGCACGCCCACUGUAAUAUUUAACUCUGGCCUAACAGCGGUGAAGAUUAAAAAGCCAAUCAAAACCAAGUUCCGGAUGCCGGUCUUUAACUGGGUGGCUCUGAAACCUAAUCAGAUCAAUGGGACAGUCUUUAACGAGAUUGACGAUGAAAGGAUUCUGGAGGACCUGAAUGUGGAUGAGUUUGAGGAGAUGUUUAAGACCAAAGCCCAGGGUCCUUCAGUGGAUAUGACCAUGAGCAAGCAGAAGGCUCCACAGAAGGGUCCCAGUAAAGUGUCACUACUGGAGGCCAACAGAGCCAAGAACCUGGCCAUCACUCUACGCAAAGCAGGAAAGAGCCCUGAGGAGAUCUGCAAAGCAAUUCAGUCGUUCGACCUGCGCACCGUGCCUGUGGACUUUGCAGAGUGUCUGAUGCGCUUUAUGCCCACCGAAGCAGAGGUGAAGACACUGCGGCAGUACGAGAGGGAGCGACGGCCCUUGGCGGAACUGACAGACGAAGAUCGAUUCAUGAUGACGUUCAGCAAGAUCGAACGGCUGCCUCAGAGGAUGACGAUCAUGGCCUUCAUGGGCAACUUUAGCGACAGUCUGCAGAUGCUCACACCGCAACUUCAUGCGAUCAUCGCUGCAUCUGUGUCCAUUAAAUCCUCCCAGAAGUUGAAGAAAAUCCUUGAAAUCAUUUUGGCGCUGGGGAACUACAUGAACAGCAGUAAGAGAGGAGCUGUGUAUGGCUUCAAGCUUCAAAGUUUAGAUCUGCUGCUGGAGACUAAGUCCACAGACAGGAAGCAGACUCUUCUGCACUACAUCGCUAAUGUCGUGAGGGAGAAAUACGCCGCUGUGUGCAUGUUCUACAAUGAACUUCAUUAUGUCGAGAAAGCUGCUGCUGUCUCUCUGGAGAAUGUUCUGCUGGACGUGAGGGAGCUGCAGAGGGGGAUGGAUCUGACUCGCCGUGAAUACAGCAUGCACGGGCACAACUCGCUGCUCAAGGACUUUAUCCACCACAACGAGACCAGGCUGAAAAAACUACAGGAUGAUGCUAGAAUCUCACAGGAUGCUUUUGACGAAGCUGUGAAGUAUUUCGGCGAAAGCCCCAAAACCAUGCCCCCCUCCGUCUUCUUCCCAGUGUUUGUGCGCUUUGUCAAGGCCUACAGGCAAGCAGAUGAAGAGAAUGAGCAGAAGAAAAAGCAGGAGCAGCUGAUGAUGGAGAAGCUUUUGGAACAGGAGGCCAUGAUGGAGGAGCAGGAGGAUCAGCAGUCUCCAUCUCAUAAAGGCAAGCGGCAGCAGCAGGAGCUGAUAGCCGAGCUAAGGAAGAGGCAGGGCAAGGACAGCCGCCAUGUCUACGAGGGCAAAGACGGCGCCAUCGAAGACAUAAUUACAGACCUGCGCAGUCACCCUUUCCGCCGGGCCGAUGCCGUCAGAAGGAGUGGGAGGAAUAACUUUGACAGACAGAGCCUUCAUCUGCUCCGAGUGGCCACCAUCUGCUGAGAAGGCGGGUCCCGACCAACUAUUACAGAAAAAAGAAAGAGUUGGUCACUGUGUUGCACCUCUCACUGGUUCCAAAAUUUUUAGAAAAGUAGGAGCUGAAAAAAGUUUCAUGUCCUUUUUAUUUCUUAUUAAUUGCACUUGGAACUGAUUUCACAUGCAAUGCACAGAAGAUGACUGGAAGUGAGUAGUCUUCAUCCAGUGCACUCUGCAAGUGGAAGUGGCUCUAGGAACAGCUUUUUUAGAGACUGUGGCAAACAGAGGACGGAAAGAAAGUGACCGCGUGUGGGCGAUCCACACACGCUUGACUACUGUGGUGUUCGAACUAUCCUGUUAGCAGUGUUUGUCUGAUUUAGGACGCAACCGACGACGCACUUUGCUUUUUUAAUAUUCUGCUGACGUAAUGAACGUUCUUGCAAAGAGAACUGGGUGGAGCUUUAAGAGAGACAGUUGAGAGGGAAGACAGACAACUGGUGCUAUGGAGGACAGUCUCCUUCACUGGUGCUAUGGAGGACAAUCUCCUUCUUACCAACGAUUCACAAAGCUCAGUGUAAUCCAUGAAGCUCGGUGUAUAAAUGUAUGUCAGCACACACUACUUCUCCUGCUUGGCUUCUCUCGUGAUGUUCGUGAACUGUGGAAAGGACUUUUUACUGUCUUCUUUUUAAAGGAAAAACACUGCAUUGAGUAAACAAAAAAAAAAAAUGGAUCCUUUUUUAAAUAUACAGAUAUUUUGCUACAAAAAGUGAACCCCUUAUUUUUUACAUUGACCAUCCAUUGUGAUAUUGUACAUAUUGUCGAAACAAUUCGCUCCCUCUGAUAUCAGUUUUAAUGUUAUGUCACAGUGUAUCGCAGUAUUAUUUAGAUCAGUGGUGAAACAAGUGAACCUGGUCACUCUGUGCUAAAUAUCUCUCUCAUCACACGUAAUGGUAAUGGUAAUAGUCUGUGGUUGCACAUUACACUCAAAAAGCUUGGGCGGAUGUUAGGAUGUUAGUGGCAAAUAUAGCAUUCCUUGGUUUACACUGUUCAAACUGGAAUCAAUGGAAAAUAAAACAACAACACCAGAACUGUACCAUGUUGCUCUUGUGUUUUCAGUGAGAUGAGUCUGUCUUAGAUUUCCUCUCUAAUGUACUUACACACUUACAUUUAUUCACUAAGCAGAUGUC